AGCUCCAUUAUCGGCGGCCUGGACCGCGUCUGAGAAGUUACACGUGGGGAGGAACAAGAAAAUGACCAAAUGGCGAUGGGAUUACAAUCUAUUUCACUACCGAGAAAAUGACUGAAAAUUGAGUAUAUAAUGUAAGUUUUGAAAAAGCUCACUGUUUUCAAUGUUACGGUGAAGUUGAGUGCGUUCCAGCUGACAGCGUUUUACAUAUAUAAGUAGCGUUGAGUGAAAGAGGGAACUGAAAGUUCAAUUCAGUCAUGUGGGUCUCCUCUUCAACGAAAGGAGUUCGACGUCACUGGAUAUGGCUGGUGCUGCUACUCUCGCUGCAAGUAGUGCACGGGGCUGAAGAAACACCCGCAGACAACACCACCUCUGAGAAUACUUCCACAACUCCAGACAGUUCCACAAAUCAAAACAGCACAACUCAAAACAACUCCAACAAUAAUUCCACAAACAACGAUUGCGACUGCAAUUGCGAUUAUUUUAUGCGACAAGUCACGUGUCCUUUCGACCACUUGGAUAAUCCGCAUUACGAUAAACAGAAUGAUAUUCUUAUAUUCAUCGAUCAGUACGUUGGAAGAGUCUGCAUAUACGACCCAAACACUGGUUGCACAUCCUGCACCUGUGAAUUAGAUGAGCCACUGGGCUCAGUGAUCCCGCUUCUGGACUCAUGCAACGAGUAUAUAAUUGGCUACGGACCGAAAAUGGCGAAGAUGAAGUGGGACGGAUGCUGCGAUACUUGUCCGGAGAUCACAAUUAUAAGUCGACAUGACAAAGAAAAACGUGGUGUCGUAUUCAACGACGGAAAGGCCGACCUCUUCGGGCAUGUCCUCAUGAAUACUAAAGGACCUGUAAAACCUAACGGCGAAACGGAGAGUGGGUUCGCCACUUUGUACCGAUACGUGGCGAGGGAGUGUGGUUUGAAGGACGCUCUCGGGAAGGAUGACAGAGAAGACUACCUCAACGGAAUCGCGUUUAAUUGCAACUACACAACAAUGUACAUGUGCGAGACGAAAAAGAAAAAAAUCUACGGUUUCGACUACGAUCUCAAAACUGGCAAACCAAGCAAUAAGAGGAUGGUGUUCGAUUAUGAUAAAGCAAAUGAAGAUGGGAGACCUAAUGGACUGACAAUCGAUUGCUGCGGGAACUUAUGGGUCGGUAGUCAAGGAGGUGGGAAAGUGCUUCAAGUGGACCCGGUUACAGGUAAGGUAAUGCGAAAGAUCCCAUUCCCCGUCAGAGAUGUGAUUGCUCUCACAUUUGGUGGUUGCGGACUUGAUGUUCUGUACGUCACGACUUCACGGAGAUUUCUGACUUGUGACGAGAAAAAGGGACAGCCUCAGGCAGGCAGUGUUUUCGCCGUCUACAACCUGUGUGCGCAAGGAUUGCCGGCCAACGACGCCUGCAUCUGUAGGGGCGGCUGCUUCUGCAGUGGAUUCUACAACCCUUGCGGGUGCACGCGCUGUGGAAAAUACGACAAAGAUGACGAUGAUAAAGACAAUAACAACGACGGGAACAGCCAGGAUAAAAAUUCCAACAACGGUGGAAGCGAAAGUAACAACAACGAUAGCAAUAAUAGUGGUAAUAAUACCACUAAUAGCAACUCGAAUUCUUGCAGAUCAUGCGGAUACGGUGGAAAAUACGGUUUCCGCACGGCAUCCAGUGGAGACUACCAAAGAUGCUGUGGAUGUUGUGACGUUUGCGGAGGAGUUGGCUACAGAUUCGGCGCAUGCUCCAAAGGAGGAUCCUGUGGAGGUGGCAAAUCUGGUGGAUGCAACAACGGUUACGGGUCGUGUGGCUGUGACAAUGGUUACGAGUCGUGCGGAUGCUCCAAAUCUUGUGGAUGCAACAACGGGUACGAAUCAUGCGGCUGUUGUAACUCGUGUGGGAGUGGUAACGGCUACGGAUCGUGUGGCUGCUGUAACUCUGGUGGAUUUAACAGUUACGGCUUGUGCGACUGCGGUAAAUCGUGUGGGAGUUCAUGUGGGAGUAGCAAAGGUUACAGUUCAUGUUGCUGCUGCAAAUCGUACGUUAAGGAUUCCGGUACAUCGACAAACAACACAUCGGAUGGAAGCAGCAACGGAACGAAUGGCAGUGGAUCGGGUUGCAGCUGUGGAAAUGGAGUGAGCGGGUCAUGUGGAGGAAGUGGGAACGGGAGCUGCGGAAGUAGUGGGUCAUGCGGAGGCUGUGGAAGAAGCGGUUGCGGGUCGUGUGGAGGCAACGGAGGAGAUGGUUACGGAUCGUGUGGAAGCUGCGGCAGAGGCGGUUAUACCUCGUGUAAAGGCUGCGGAUCAUGCAGUUGCUACGGAUUAAGUGGACCCUGUGGAUCUUGUGGAGGGUGCGGAUCAUGUGGAAGCUCUGGUUGCGGUGGACGCUGUGGAUCAUGUGGAGGUUCUGGAUGUGGUGGAAGCUGUGGAUCAUGUGGAGGUUCUGGAUGUGGUGGACGCUGUGGAUCAUGUGGAGGUUCUGGAUGUGGUGGAAGCUGUGGAUCAUGUGGAGGUUCUGGAUGUGGUGGACGCUGUGGAUCAUGUGGCGGAUCUGGAUGUGGUGGACGCUGUGGAUCAUGUGGCUAUGGAUCGAGCGGAAACUGCUGCCCUAGCGGAAGCUCUGGACCACCUCGAGGUUCCUGCGGAAGUUGUAGCAGAGGUCCAUACGGUUCUGGAAGAGCAGGUUACGUUCCUGGUGCAUGUGGAUCGUGCAGAGGGAAUGGUGGCUGUGACGAUCUCGUUGAAGGGUUGUUAUCAGUUCUUGCCGCUAGGAAGAAUUACUAAGUUCUUUGAGCCAUGCAGUAAGAUCAUUACUCAUUAGCUGGUUCGAUUUUACGCCUGAGCUUGUCUUGGCGCCUUUUUGGCUGCCUAAAUAUCCGUCUUAUUCAAUGUCACGAAUUGUUAGCACUAAUUCUCCACAUUACUCAUGUCUUGAAUAAAAAACAAACAGUAAAUUGUAUUAAAAAUUGUAUUUAAACUGAAA